AUGUUUUUGGGGAGGGAGGAGCAGAGAAAGGGUGGAGCAAAGGGUGCGACGACUAAAGAAGUAAGUAUAUUGUAUACAUACAUACAUAUAUAUAUAUAUAUAUAUAGAGAGAGAGAGAGAAGGAGUAUCUCCUUCUAUCGAGAGAGAGACAGAGAGACAGAGAGAGAGAGAGAGAGAGAGACAGGGAGAGAGAGAGAGAGACACACGGACAAAAGCGACUACACUCGACUGCGGCGUUUGAGUGAAAGCCAAGAAUAUACUCCGCGCGUACAUACGGGAGGAGGACCGAGAGAGAUUCAAGAAUAAUAUUCGGUCCCGAGCUGUGCCACCGCGCAACCGAGGUGCGGUUUAUAGUGUUGUAUUAUUGUUGUACCCCUUUAGAAGGUAUAACUACGUAUUAUUGUGAUCGUUCUGCGGAGUUAUUUUAAUCUAAGGUAUCGUAGACACCGCACGUCGGUAACCCGUAGUCAUCGUAAUGUCUACGGUAGAUAAUAUUAUCAUUAUUCAAUUAUGAAAUUCCGGGCGCUGCGUUAUACACUCUACACAUAAUAUACUGUGUAUACUGUGGUAUACGCCGCAAGGACGUUCUAUAAAGAAUUCGAGUAAAUAUUCGUCGAUUUCGUGUAUUUUUUUUUUUUUUUCGAAUUUCAAUUCGCGUUUACGAAAAUUCGGUAUAUUAUUUUAAUCGGAAUUAAAUAUCGUAACUUACACACUAAAAUGACGAUAGCUGCGUAGGUACGCACUUUGUAACGAAAUUGUUGCUGCAGAUCAUACAUUUUAAAAAAACGACCACCUAUGAAACGUAUUCAUUCAAAUUAUCUUUUACUUUUAUUGGACGGUUUGGAUUUAACGAUUCAAUGUUACACUACAUUACAAUGUAAAACAUGUUUAAUAUAUUUAAUUUUAGAAUAGCAAGAGAAAUAAAGGCCUCCAUCAUUGUCUAGCCCAAAGUUAAUUCGGGACUGAAAUUAUUGACCUUCUUUUUCAAAUAUCGAAAAAUAUUCCGUAUAUAUUUGUUAUAUAGAAUUUUAGGGUUCAAAUCGGAUCAAUAAAAAAGUUUUCUACAGAACAGAAAAAAAAAACCAAAUAGUUAUUUUUGUAAAACCAUAAGCUUCAUUGCGUCACUCAGAAUCUAACGAUUCGGGAAAUUUGUUUGAACAAAAUUGCAUAAGCAGAAAUGAGUGUGACCCCCAUAUUGCAUCGGAGCCCUCAGCGUAAAAAUUACGUCAUCAAAUGAAAAAAAAAAAUAAAUACUUUCUAGGAUAAUUGGGACGGGUGCAGCCACUGUUAUACAUAAUUUAAUGCAUACCUGUAAUCAUCGAUUAACUAUAAUUAUGAAAAAACGAUUCUGAGCAGAGUUCAGUUGAAGGUGAUCAACGAUAUAAAUGUUAUUUUAUAGUAAAAUAAUUAAAUAUGCUUUAUAACAUUUUCUUUAAUAGUAUGUAUUUAAUGUUGAACUGAUUUUCCCAAUUUCCCUACCUUUUUCCCGGUGUCUCAUAUUUUAUCCCGAUUUUUAACAUUUUCUAAAAUACACCAUUGAGAAAAUCGAAAAAUUACCUUUCUUAAGUAAUUCCAUAGUGACAUUUUUUUGUAGAAAUAUUGCUGUUAUAAAUUGUAGCCUAAUUGCUGGAUGAAAAGUUGUGCAAAGGAAAAAAAAAAUAGUAAUAUUUUAGUAAUAUAUUUCGUACAUUUUCCUAUUUUUUUUUUCGGUUGAGAAAACUCCUGAGAAAAUCGAAAAAUUUCCCUUCUUCCCAUUCCGAUUUUCUUUCAGAAAAGGUGUGAUAUUUAGAAAUCCGAACAAGUCUUCUAGUAGAAAAAUUGUUAACAGAACGAAAAAGAAAAAUAAUAUAAAUAUCUUUGUAAAACCAUAAGCUUCUUCGUUCCAUUCAGAAUCUAAAAAAAUAAAAUUAACAAGGAAGAUAAUGUAUCUACAGUGAGAAAAAAAGGAAACCAAUUUAACAGCAUUUAUUGCCUAUAUUAUAUUAAACUCUAUGCAUUUAUACAUUGUAAAAAUACCGACUCGGGCUCUUAUUGUUUUCAUUUGCUCCGCAAGUCAAGCUUAAAAACACUUGGAAGUUCCUUUUUCCUGUCUCUCGUCAUUUAAUAUACCGUUGAACAUUUUUUUUUUCCACGAAAGAAUGGUGACUAAAUAUUUGUAACAUAAAUGAAAAAGUGUGUAUACAUACAACAAAUCGUUAUCGACUGUCGACAACGUUGCGGCGUUAAAGUAAAUAAAUUUCAAUUACGUUUGCAAAAGUUUAUUUAAAAAAAAUAAAAAUAAAAUAAAACAAAACUAAACAAUUUUAAAUGCCUGUUCACACCAGAUGCCGUUUCAAAUCUCGACUGUCGUCCAAAAACGGAUUUUAUCUAUCGUUCUUGAUCCCCGUUGAUGCCGUAUCUCAUCACAGUCAACCGCAAACGCAGAAAAAGUAUGGCAAUCUUGAAAUUUUAAUUAAAAAUUAUUGAUUUUAUAUAAAUUUAAUAGUUUUAAAAUUUUAAAUAACGGUAUAAAGGGAUUGGGGACGUUUUUCUAAAAUUGUUUAAAAUUACAUUAAAUUUGAAUUUUUUAACAUAUAAAUGACCGCCUUAACGAUAGAACUUUUCCACUAAUCUACUAUUUGAUAUCCAUUUAAGAAGAAAGUGUAUGGUAUGGCCGUUGUUACGGACGAAUAUAACUUAUAAACCGAAAAGUUAGAGAGAAAACGUCCUAGAAUAUUGGUGACGAGUGUAGCCACUGUUAUAGGUUAUUUAAUAUAUAUCCAUAACCAAAGAUAAACCAUUGCUUACAAAAAAAACGAUUCUGAGCAGAAUUCAGUUGAAAGCGGUGUCUUUCCAUAUUGUAGUAAAAUAAAUUAACAGAACUCAUAUAUAUUCCUUAUAAAUAUUUGUUCAGUGUUGUACUGAUUUUCCCGGUUUUCAUACGUUUUUCUUGGUUUUACCAUGUUUUUUCCCGGUUUUUUACAUUUGCUGUGAAAAAUCUUGAGAAAAUCACAAAUUGAACCUCUCCAGUCGGAUUUCCCUUUAGAAACAUUGCUGUUAUUAUAAAUUGGAGCAAGUUCUUCGGUACAAACUUGUCGACAAAAAAAUAAAAAUAAAAAUCUUUAUAAAACCAUAAGCUUCUUUGCUCCUCCAGAAUCUGAACAUACUAUUUACAGUAAUUUAAGUUUAUUAUUUGAACCCGUGGUGAAAUCUAGAAGUCAGAGCUUAUGACUGCGUCACACUUAAGAGCACCAUACUGCAACUGAAUAUGUGCAUCAAACGCAUUCAAUAAAAAAAAAUAAAAAAGAAGUUCUAGGAUAGUGGAGAUGGGUGCGGCUACUGUUAUAGGUAAUUAAACAUAUAUCUGUUGCAAUGAUUAACCGUUAGCGAUCUAACGAAAAAACGAUUCUGUGCGCAGUUCAGUUAACAGUUAUGCUUUGCUAAUGUUUUUCAACGAUAUAUUAUAAUAUAAAUUAUAACACAAUACAAUAUAUAACAAUACAUAUAUAUAUAUAUAUACGAGUAUAUAGUAUGGUAUAAUAAUUAAAUAGGCAUUGUAUACAUAUUUAGUAAUAUUUGUUUAAUGUACAGAUUUUUUAUUUUUUCCUUUUGAUAAGAUAACUAGAAAAAUUUGAAAAAUUACCUCUUUUAAGUACCCCCUUACGCCUAUUUCCUUUCUAAAACUGUGCUACACACAAAAAUCUGAGCAAGGUCUCUGGUAAAAAAGUUGUCCAUAGAAAAAAAAAAAUUAAUAUAUUGUUAAAUUUAUUGAUUAAAUUAUUUACAUUUUACAUCUUUAGUAAAACCAUACGAUUCUUUGCUCCACUCAGAAUCUAAAAUUCGUAUUUUUUGAAGUAUCAUGAUCCUUUAAAUUCUUUAUUAAGGUAUGAAAAUAUGAUAGUAGAUCACAUACCCACCACCGUUUCUCCGUCAGACAUAUUCCCGUCGCCGUUUCCCUGUCGGAUACUUCCCCGUCGGACUUUUCCCCGUCCAAUUAACUUCAAACCUCUUUUUUAAAACUGCCAGUAUUUCACUUUUCACGUAUUUUUUAUUUAGUUCUUUAUACAUAUUCUAAGGUUAUAAUAAAUAAUGAGACUCUCAAAAUAAAAAAAAAAAUAAAAUAUUUUAUACUCAAAACUGAAUAAGAUUAUCAGCGGACAAAUAUAUUUUUAUAAGAUUGUUAUAUGAUUAACAGUUGUCGAAAGACUGUUUAUAACAAAGUAUCACACACAAAAUCACAGGAAAUCAUUAACAUUAUUAGUGGUUGGAUACGAAAAACUCAUCCAUUCACAAAUGUAAUCAUUAACAAUUGUACAAUUAACUAUAAGAUACUUAUUAACUCGGAAAGUGUUAUCUAUAUACAAUAUAUUUUUAUUUUACUAGAUACUAUUCAACGAUGGAAAACAUCAAUCUCAAAAACGCUUUAAGUUUACAAUAAACGACUUUGACAAGUAUCAUAUAAAACGGGAACAAUGGUAUCUACCCACCCUUGAGUAUGCGUUUAUACCCGAAGAACGAACACUUAUUGAUAUGGAUCAUGUGUUUAAAACAUUUCAUUAUCCAGAAUAUCCCACAUUGAAUCAACAACAAGAAGAGCCAGUGCCUAAAACACGCCAUUGUAGGGAUUACCAAGAAGUAUCACCACCUAGGAGAGUGUGUCGAAAACAUUAUGAUUAUGAAUAUCCGCAAGAUGUUAUCGAAUGCCAACGACCUUCUCAAGAUGAUAAUCUUGAUAAUCAAGACGACGAAGUCUCAUAUAUCCAGACUACUUUUAACACGUGUUUUAGUGAGACAGUCGGAAAUUUAUGGAACGUUAGAGCUAACUUCAAUAACUCUUUAUGUUUAUCGCCUAUGAAAUUUGCCACCACCAUACAGGGCACUUUUGUAAAGAGAUUUAUGGUGGCCAAAUAG